UUGGUUGUAGUGAAAGCUGUUUGAUUGAGCUCAGAGUUAUUUUUGUAAACUCUGACAACAACUGGUUAUGGUUUGUUAUGAUCUACAAUAUGUUGCAUGAUCUUUUGCUUUGAGAAGAGUUUUUUCAUCAACUUCUUUUUUACAUUUUAUUUAUCUUGAUAUUUUGACGAAUAUGCCUUUACAGAAUGCUUCAAUCAAAGUUACAGAAUUUAUUAUAGGUGGUUUUGACACAACCAAAAGGCCUAUGGUAGUUGGUGUGGUUAUAUUGAUUACCUAUGUUCUAGCUGUUCUAGCCAAUAUAGUAAAUAUCCUCUUCAUUAUUUAUGACAAGAGAUUACACAAACCAAUGUAUCUUCUAAUUUGCAACCUUGCUGUUGUUGAUAUACUCUACACCUCCAGUGCCAGUCCCACAAUGAUUGGGGUUCUACUUGCUGGUGUUAAUACUAUAUCCUAUGUGCAGUGCUUAAUUCAAAUGUUUGCUUUCCACUUGGGAGGGGUGAUGGGGAUGUUUGCUUUAACGGUUAUGGCAUUUGAUCGAUUGAUUGCUAUUAGCUAUCCUUUUCAGUACCAUAGUUAUUUAACAAAUGUGCGCACUCUUGUCCUUACAUAUAUCCUGUGGAUUGUUGCCUGUGGUUUUGUGGCUGUAACGCCUGCAACUGUGCUUCCUCUCCCUCACUGCUACUCAAAGCUGAUGUACACUUUCUGUGACUAUGCUGCCGUAAUACGAACUACUUGUGUUGACCCUAAUUACUAUUUCAAUCUGACUACCAUCACAACAUUCUGUUUUUUAUUUUUCACUUUCACUUUUAUUUGCCUGUCAUACAUAUGUAUGAUAUUUUUUGUGAAAUUAUCCUCAAAUGAUGACAAAAGAAAAAUGGGCAGCACUUGUUUGAGUCACUUGAUCGUGGUAACGUGUUACUACUGUCCAUUAUUUAUCCGCAUUGUCUUGACCAGGUUAGGUGUGGUAUUAACUCUUGAGGCGCGCCAUGGCUUAAUGAUCGGAGCCAUCCUUGGUCCAUCUCUUGUAAAUCCUUUUGUGUACUGUCUUAGGACAAAAGAAAUGAAAUAUAAGAUCUUUAAGAUAUUCAAACAAGUUUAGACAUUUCAGUAGAUUCUUGUGAACUGUGAAUUUAUUUUAUGGAAAACGUUGCAUCCUUUUCUGGUGUAAGUAUUAGGCUAAAAUUAUGGAAUAUAUCCAUCCAAGCAUUUUCUAAACUCCUCUUCACUUUUGUUUUACAAUCUACAUUUUGUCACCAUAAUUGUGAAUUUCAUCAUUAUAAUUGUAAAUUGUCAUAUAUGAUUUUCUGUGAAGCUAUUCAUUACACACAACAUCUAGUGCAUGUCUGUCCGUCCUGGGAAAGGGAUCCCUUCUCUGUUGGUCAUCCUGAGGUUUCUUCCAUUUUUUUCCCCUGUUACAAGUGUUUUUUGGGGGUGUUUUUCUCGAGGGUCUAAGGACAGAGGUUGUUUAUAUGCUCUACAGAUUGUAACACCCCUUGAGACAAAUUUUGAUUUGUGAUAUUGGGCUGUAUAAAUAAAAUUGACUUUACAACA